UCCGCCCAUGCCAACACUUAGUGGACUGCAAAUAAAAACGGGGAGAUAUUUCAUCCGAGCUAAACCAUCUUUUAAUAAGUUCAUGAUAAAACUGAGGCGUGUAGUAUAACUUUAAAAGGUGAGAGUGUUGAAUGACACGUGUGAAGGCUCUGGGCACACAAAGAGUCAGUGUAUGACCGUCGGUACCGCGACGUCAGUGUCUCCGUCUCCGAGCCGAGCUGGUCGGGGCCAGCAGCAACGUCACUCCAUGACAGCGGCACCAGAGCAGCGCGGACGGCUUUCCGAGCAGUCGCGCCGAGCUUAGAGGACGAGGACAGCAGUGGGACAUGUCUGCACGGCAGCUCACUCGCCUCAGCUAGCUAUGAAACGCGGAGCGGCGUGGGUACCAAACGUGGCGAGUCCACAAUGACUAGCAAAGCUUCCCGCAUUGUCGCUGUUGUGCUGUAGCCAUUAAUUGCGUUGCUAUGGUAUUAAAAGGCAACAUCCCACCUGCUGCUGCCGCGACCGUAGCCUAUCUCCCCCUGGCAAGAGCGUAAACAUUGACUGAAACAAAGCGCCUUUCACCUAAAGUUGACGCAAGCGUAGUCUAAGCAAAACCCCGGAUCUCAAGAUUUAAGCAAAGCAAACAUGGUGAUUACCAGCGUAGCAUCCCUCAAGAGGGCUUCACCGUCUGUGGACACAGAAAGCAGAUGUCUGCAUUGAAGACGAGCGCGCCGGAGAGGAGGUAGUGAUCACCGCAUGCCACAGUGAGUUUGGAGCUGUGGAAGAGAGCUGAAGAUCAUGGGUAAAUCAAACAGCAAGCUCAAGCCAGAAGUAGUAGAGGACUUGACAAGAAAAACCUACUUCACAGAGAAAGAAGUACAGCAGUGGUACAAAGGCUUCAUCAAGGAUUGUCCCAGUGGGCAGCUGGAUGCUGUGGGCUUUCAGAAGAUAUACAAGCAGUUUUUUCCUUUUGGAGACCCCACCAAGUUUGCUUCGUUUGUCUUUAAUGUGUUUGAUGAAAAUAAGGACGGACGCAUCGAGUUCUCAGAGUUCAUCCAGGCCCUCUCAGUGACCUCCAGGGGGACUCUGGAUGAAAAGCUUAGAUGGGCCUUUAAACUGUAUGAUCUCGACAAUGAUGGCUACAUAACUCGAGAUGAAAUGUUAAACAUUGUAGAUGCUAUUUAUCAGAUGGUGGGAAACACUGUGGAGCUGCCAGAGGAAGAAAACACACCAGAAAAAAGAGUGGACCGCAUUUUUGCAAUGAUGGACAAGAAUGCAGAUGGAAAGCUGACUCUUCAGGAGUUUCAGGAAGGAUCAAAGGCAGACCCUUCUAUUGUUCAAGCACUGUCACUCUAUGAUGGACUUGUUUAGGAAUGUAAGGUGAGUGGAGGAAAAAUUAGCUGGAAUCCUCCUUAGCUCCACUCCGAUCCCAGCUCAUGCUUUAAAUCUCUGUUAAUACAGUAGAGUUCCUAUUCCAUCAGAGCCGACUAUGGAAAACAGAGGAAACACGGUUAAGCCACUGUCUGGUCUCAGUUUGUUCUCAUGAAUUCUUGAAAUGGCCUAUUUGUUUACUGGCAGUGUAAUAUUGUUGCAGCACCGAAUGAAGAUGGAAACAGCCCGCACAUCUCACUGCGUAAUGUAAUGCACUGGCUGCUGCCAAUUGUGGCUGACAUCCUGCUCAGUGUUUUGUCAACUGUGAAGCGAGCUUGUGUAGACAUAUGCAUUCUGUGUAAAUGCUCUGUUUGGUUGUUAUCUAGCUAGCUCUGAAAACAUCCAGGUAUUAUAACGCUACACUCUGUCUUCAGUUUGCAUGGUGAUCCGUCUUGCAACUUUUCAAAUGGGUCCAGUUGAGCGUUCUCCUGCUUUUUGCUCGCCAAUGCAGUGCCAUCACAUCCUGAUCACCCAAAAGGAGGACCAGUCACUGUAUCCACUUGUUUGUGCUCAUCCACAAUAAGGAUGGCAAACAAUAAUUUAUUCUGAUAUAAUGGAGAAUGCAAAUUUGCUCCCCCACCUCCAGUUAUCAAUUAGUGCUUCUACAGCUGUGUAGCACACCAGAGUCGUGGACUGUGUUCGAACGUUUCUAGGAGUGAAGGCUUGGACAAUCCGAGGAACGGGAUCCCUCAACAGCACUUGCGUUCUUCCCUUCUAAAUGCCGUAAAUCAUCAGAACGGCUAACAAGGAUCGUGCUUCAUCACCACAUGGAGAGACUUUAGAUCUCACUCUGGAAAAAUGUGUUAUGAACACUAAAAGCUACAAGGCAUUAUAGUGUAUAUUAUAAUGUAAAUAUAUAUUUUCUGCUUUGCUGCAUUUAUGAGACUUUCCUCGUAAAUAUAGAAUGUUUUUUUUUUUUUUUUUAUCAUGUGUUGAAAUGUAUUACACUGUAUUUUUCAUUACCAUUGUUGGAACAUUCCUUUUCUCCCAUUCAGAGGUUAGUUUUCCUGAGAGAAGAGGAAUGUUGAACUAGCGAAGAGUUUUCUAUGGAGGAUUUUUAUUGCGUUUGCUGUCUGUGCACCCUGUUAUGUUUUAAUUUCCCUGUUAGCAUGAGUGUAUUUUGUUGACCCUGUUGCACAACUACAUCCUGAAUGACAUGGGCUGAACAACAGAGAGCAUUCCCACAGCUUUACAUCAGAAUUGAGGCUGAGCGUUUCUUUUUGAGAGCUCCGCACUCCACCCUUGGCAACACAAAGCCUGGGUCACCAAGAGGCGCAAACAAGACAUCAGUUUUGGUCGUAAAGCUUUGCAAGUGUUGUAGUUACAAGUGUCAACAUGAAAUUUGCCCUGUGUGAGGCCAGAGCAUGUGCUGAUUCCUUUUUUCAUAUUUAAAUUAUUUAUUUUAGAACAUUGUGGUAUUUUAUUGCCUCCCCUAAUAGUUUUUUGCCUUAUGCAAGUUAUAAUUUACUAAUUAUAAUGGUCAUUUAACUGUUAAGCAGUGUAAGAGCACAUAAUAAAAUGCAUUUAAGUGGCUAAUAUUUA